AGUUCCUUUUCCUGUCUCAUCACCGAAUAAAGUACAACGUAAUUGUAAUUAAAAACAUAACUUACGUGAUUAAAAUCAGGACCUUGUUUCGCCUGAAACUUUCAAAUAUACUCGUUUCAUUAGAGUGUAAAGAGUAACAUGGUGUAGCUAAAAAGAGCAGAUCGAAGUGUUCCUAACCUGACAUUGCCUCUAACCUUGAGAGCAUUAUCCGGAGUUCGAGUUGAUAUUAUAUGUUUAUAAAUACACAAUAGAAAUUAAUAGUAAAGAAACACUUCGCGGAAAGAGCAUUAAAUUGUGGCAAGAAUGGCGAUGCAACCUCCGGCUGAGAUGGAUUCCGAGCAAGUCAAAGUUUUUCGUGACUUCUUGUCAUCAUACAACAAGGUCUCUGAAAUUUGUUUUAUUGACUGUAUACAUGACUUCACUACACGAGAUAUUGGGUCUAAAGAAGAGAAGUGUGCUCUUAAUUGCAUGGAAAAAUACCUGAAAAUGAAUCAGAGGGUGUCUCAGCGUUUCCAAGAAUUUCAAAUCAUGGCUAACGAAAAUGCUUUGGCAGCUGCUAAAAAAUUAGGUCAUGUUAAUUGAUUUUAUUAAUGUAAAUACAAAUAAAAUGUUUUCUUAUUGUGAUAUUAAGAUAACAGAAAA